AUGUCAGCCAAAAAUUGCAACAACAGCAACAACGUAGUCGUUCAGGUGGUCGGCCCAAACGUACAUUAUUCGAACGACUACAUUGAGUCUACUAUCGACUAUCCGAUUAACUAUGCCAUGGAAAAGGGCAACACCGUUUCGGUCAAACCGACCACGACAAAACUUCGUAUUCGUACCAAGAAAACAGUGCCCAAGACGGGACUCAUGAUGGUUGGCUUAGGUGGCAAUAACGCUACUACGUUAGCAGCAGGCAUACUAGCUAAUAAAUAUGGCUAUACCUGGGAAUCGAAAACGGGCGUAAUGACCCCAAAUUGGUAUGGGUCCAUUUCGCAGUCUUCCACCUUACGCAUUGGUAUGGAUGCGACUGGCAAAGAUGUGUACGUGCCGUUGAAAAGUUUAGUCCCCAUGAUCAACCCGAACGAUUUGGAAAUCGACGGCUGGGACAUAUCAUCGCUUGACCUCGGUCAGGCUAUGCAAAGGGCUCAGGUUUUAGAUGUCGAGUUGCAAAAAAAACUGAUGAACCACAUGAGCAAGAUUAAACCGAGACCGUCGAUUUACAUACCCGAUUUCAUUGCGGCCAAUCAAUCUGACCGUGCUGACAACGUGAUCAAAGGCAAUAGCAAAUCUGGAGCAGUCGAUCAGGUCAGGGCGGACAUCAGGGAUUUUAAAGAGAAAAAAGGCCUAGAUCAAGUCAUCGUACUAUGGACGGCCAAUACAGAACGGUUCAGUAACGAAGAACCUGGCCUCAACGAUACGGCGGAAAAUUUAAUGAGGUCAAUAUGUAAAAAUGCUUCAGAAAUUUCACCCUCGACCCUGUUUGCUGUCGCUUCCAUACUAGAAGGGUGUACGUACAUCAAUGGAUCUCCGUCAAACACGUUUGUAAAAGGCGUCAUCGAGCUGGCCGAACAAUAUGAUGUUCACAUAGCCGGCGAUGACUUUAAGUCCGGUCAAACUAAACUCAAGUCAGUGCUCGUUGACUUCCUCGUCGGCGCCGGGAUCAAACCCGUUUCCAUUGUGAGCUACAACCAUUUGGGCAACAAUGACGGUUACAAUUUGUCGGCGCCUCAACAAUUUCGGUCUAAAGAAAUUUCCAAAAGCAACGUCGUCGACGACAUUGUACAAUCAAACAACAUAUUGUAUAAGCCCAACGAAAAGCCCGACCACUGUGUCGUCAUUAAGUAUGUUCCGUACGUCGGAGAUUCUAAGAGGGCAAUGGACGAAUACUCCUCAGAGAUAUUUUUGAACGGAAAAAACACCAUGAUUAUACAUAACACGUGUGAAGACUCGUUACUGGCGUCUCCGAUUAUACUGGACUUGGUCGUGUUGGCUGACGUUUUUAGCCGAAUCGAAGUUGGGUCGGACAGUUCUGCCUACACACCUUUGUAUCCCGUCUUGUCGGUGUUAUCGUACAUGCUAAAAGCACCAGUAGUUCCAAGAGGCGCUCCGGUCGUGAAUUCUCUUUUCCGACAAAAAACAUGUAUAGAAAACAUUCUUAGAGCGUGUUUGGGGUUGCCAGCUGAAGGCAACAUGCUUUUGGAAUACAUGCUACCGGCCAAUGUGUUUGUGAGUCCUUCUUCCAAUUGCAACAACCGUGCCGACUAG